GGCGGCGGUCGUGAAGGGCAUCGGCGGCGGCGGCGGUAGACAUGAUCUGAAGAUGGAAAGAGCCAGGCGAAGGGGAGGCGGCGGCGGCGGCGGCCGCGGAGGCAAGAAUGUGGGGGGCUCUGGCCUAAGCAAGAGUAGACUGUAUCCCCAGGCCCCGCACUCUCACUACCCCCACUACGCCGCGUCAGCCACCCCUAACCAGGCCGGGGGCGCAGCCGAAAUCCAAGAGCUGGCCUCCAAACGAGUGGACAUCCAGAAAAAGAGGUUCUACCUAGACGUGAAGCAAAGCUCCCGGGGCCGGUUCCUAAAGAUAGCCGAAGUCUGGAUAGGGAGAGGCCGGCAGGACAAUAUCCGAAAGAGUAAACUGACCCUCUCCCUGUCGGUGGCAGCCGAGCUGAAGGACUGUCUGGGCGACUUCAUCGAGCACUACGCCCACCUGGGCCUGAAAGGCCACAGGCCAGAGCAUGGCCAGGGCAAAGAGCAAGGCUCGAGGAGGAGGCAGAAGCACUCCGCACCCUCCCCGCCAGUGUCCGUGGGCUCAGAAGAGCAUCCUCACAGUGUCCUCAAAACAGACUAUAUAGAGAGGGACAAUAGGAAAUACUACCUAGACCUAAAGGAAAACCAACGGGGUCGCUUCCUAAGGAUUAGACAAACCAUGAUGCGAGGGACUGGCAUGAUAGGGUAUUUUGGCCACAGUUUGGGCCAAGAACAGACUAUUGUCCUCCCAGCACAAGGGAUGAUUGAGUUUCGUGAUGCCUUGGUUCAGCUGAUUGAAGACUAUGGCGAAGGAGAUAUAGAAGAACGAAGAGGUGGAGACGAUGACCCACUUGAACUCCCAGAGGGAACCUCUUUCAGAGUGGACAAUAAAAGGUUCUACUUUGAUGUGGGCUCUAAUAAAUAUGGAAUUUUCCUGAAGGUAAGUGAGGUGAGGCCACCUUACCGUAAUACUAUUACUGUUCCAUUCAAAGCUUGGACAAGGUUUGGGGAGAAUUUUAUCAAGUAUGAAGAAGAGAUGAGGAAAAUGUGCAACAGCCAUAAGGAAAAGAGAAUGGAUGGCAGAAGGGCCAGUGGUGAAGAACAAGAAUGCCUCGACUAGAGUGAAAUUGAACUCCAUCAGGCAAAAUUUAAAAAUCAUAAAUUGGCUAAAAGUACUGAUCCAUAAUCAUUUGAAGAAGUUUUUUUCUCUUUUUUUGGCCCUGUGUUAUUAGUAAUACCUCUAGUAGUUUAUACUUCACCAAGUCUGAUUCUCAUAUUAUGUUAUACCUAGAUCACUAUAAUUCUCAUGGGAACUCCAACCUUCCCAGAGCUAAAUAGUUGAGUUGCUUCAACCUCUCCAGACUGUUGAAGUAUGCAAAUCAGCACAACGUGAUGUUCUGAACUAAAUACCAUAACUAAGAUAUUCAUUGCACUAUGACCUAACCCUGAAAAAAGAUACAUAUACUUCAUAUUGGAAGUGUGAAGUUCUAAUUCAAAAAUUGCCCCCAAAGUAUUCCAUUCCUACUUCAUUAAAAUUUGCUAAAUUUACCUGUAGGAUAGUUACCACAGAAACAGAAAUUGACCUCAAGUAUAGUACAUUUUUAAAAGUAGAAAUGUUGCCCAUUGGAAAACUGGUUAUUAAGCAGUCCCACUAAAUAAUAAAAUCUUACUAGAUAAUUAAAACUUUAAAAUAUAGGAUCAUAUUUCUUAACAGUUACUAUAGUAUUUUAUAAUUUCAGGUUUUGUGGUAACUACAGUUUUCAGUCACCAUAUCAAAGCCAUGGAAGAAUUUUAAUUGGUUAUUCUUAGUUACAGUCCCAUCUUGUGUUUAUUAUACCACAUAUUUUUAUUGAUGUUCCAAAAUUUCUAGAGUUACAUUUGUCACAGUUGAGUGGGAGGCUUCAUCCAGUGGCUUUGCUAUGGGAAUUUUUUUUCACUAUGGAAAUCUUGAUGUUUUAGUAUUUCAUGAUAAUUUGAAAGUUUGUCAUAGAUUUGUCCCUUAAAUAUGUCAUGGAAUCAAGGUAUUAUACCUUGCACUUCCACUUUAACAGUAUUUCAGAGGGGUUGGUGCACCAGUUUACUGAUGUAAAGAAACAUCUGUUAAUAUUUUAGUAGCACUUCUAUAGUUAUUGCCCUUAAAACCAUGUCAGACUUCCAAUAUAAACCUGACUCUUACAAAUAACUUAAUCCCAGAAGAAAAGAAAAAACUUUUACUCAGUCUGGAAAAAAAUAUUUGGAAACAAGAUUGGUUAUCAACAUGUUUGGAAGGAAAUUUUAGACAUUUUCCAAGGUGCUCCUCAUGAUUCUUACAGAGGUUAACUUUAUACAAGACUCAUCCAUUUACCUGUAUUAAAAAUUACAGAAAGUGCCACCUCAAUUUUCAACUCUUAAGCAAUUUUUAAACAAGUGGAUAUAGUGUAUGUACCAAUACCCUUCCUGUCUGAAAUUUCAUCUGUUGAGCUACAUCUUAUUCUGAAUUAAAUUGUGUUUUAUCUUAGUUUUAUCUCCCUCCCUAUCCAUAGUAAGGCCAUUUAAUCAUAUUUAAGAGCCAGAACACUGAUUUCAACUCUCCAAAUAUAGCUCUUAUUGGUGAGAGCUGGCUGCAUGGAUUGAGAUCAGAAUGUAGCUCUUUUUUUUUUGAUAUAAGUAAUUCAAAAUUAUUUUUAGCAAUUUCCCUCCAGAACUUUUUCCCCAAACAUUAAAGUCUCUAAGGAAACUUUAUGAAGUGAAUUAAGAAAAUUAAUUUCAUUGGUUUUAGUUACUUAAGAACAAGCAACUAGUAACCCAGAUGUGCAUACUGGUGUUGAUUUGCAGAUUAUAUUUCAUAUUUCUUCAAGUGAUAUGAAAGAAUUGCACUCAGUUCAUUAUCAUUGUGGAUCAUCUGGAUCAAUGUGGAACAACUGAAGGUUAGAAGAUAAUGUUAGUACUAGACUUAAUAGCACUUUGUGGGUGUUGAGACUGUAAAAGUACCUAGGAUUUUCAAACAGCCCUAACUGUAAAAUAACAUAAUUAUGGAGGCUUGCUAAAAUAGUUUUGAGUACCUAAGGAGUGAUGACGUGCACUUGAGUUACUGUACUACUGAUUGUCAUUGCUACCCAUCAUAGUGCCUAUUGUCAACCUGUCAGAUUUUCAACAAACGAGCUGUGAAUAUUUCCAGCACACAACUGUUCCCUAUCACUUACUAUGAGUGCAUACUCUCUCUUAAAAGUUUUCAUUUUUAAAAUGUUUAUAUCCAUUAGUAAUAAAUGAUUUAUUUUUUUAGUUUUUGGUCUGAUAAGGUUUGAGUGUGUGUAAACAUAUGUGCACAUACUAUACACACAAUGCUGUCAGACUUAAAUAUCUUUAAUUCGUUAUAUAUACAUAUUAUUAGCUUAAUUUUGCAUUAAUUAUUUAAGUAAAUAAUUAACUGCCCCAACUUUCUACUUUGUAUGUGUACUUCAAAGUUUUUGCCAUCUCAAAGCUGCAGAUUGGGAAGAUGCAUAUACACUGGCAAUUGAGUCAACUCUAAAAUCUUCUACCAGUCCUUCAUUUCACCUUCAUAGUUAAUAUAUUCAUUGAAAAAUGGUAUGAUGCUAUGAUCUUUUGAUACUUAAAAUUCCCAAGAAUUCAUUAGCCAUAAUUAAGUAUGAUCCAGUUCAAACCUCUGGAUUUAAGACAUGUAUUGCCAUGUAUCUUAUGAAAUAAGCUACUAUUUUUCUGUGCAAUAUAAAUUUUAUUUAUUGUCAUUUGUGACUUAAAUGAAGCUGCAAGUGUACAUGGUUUUCUUCAAAAUAACAGGAUCCUUGCCUUGAAGGCAUUGAACUCUUAAAGCAAAUGGGUGUUAGAAUUAAAAAAUGAGCAUUGAAGUUAGUAACUAAAAUUACUAGUUCGCUGUAUAAUACUAAAACACCAGUGACGUUUGCACAUAGUAAUCUGAGCAUAAUGUGGUAUAGACUCAAACUGUAAUAAUAUAAGCUUAGUAGUAUGAAAGUUGGAAACGGGUUCCUCAUAAUGGUUGGCAGUGUGCUCCUAGCAAUUGAAAGUAGCACUAAUAUGCUGCUUAUAUGCAAAAGAUGCAAUGUAUUAUAAAGGUAUUAAAGUUCUGCCACAUUUUAUAAUUUUCCUUGUUAAAGCCCCAAACUGCCAUGUCCCUUAAACUUGAGUCAAACACAAGCUUAUUUGCACUAAAGAGCAUGGCCAAAAAGAUAAAUGACAGGGUGGAAAAGCUAGUUGGGACCUCUUAAAAUAGCAGGUUCUAAUGGGAGAAUUUCACAUUUGUCUAUUUGAAAGCUAUAUGGUCCAAGGCAGACAAUCUGUCAGUUCACUAAUUUAAUAAUGCACUUUACCUUUGUAUAUAGGAGAUGUACAUUUAUGCCACUCAACAGGUGGGAUGUGUUUCAGUAACUAUGUAGUUAGAAUCUGUAGAGUGAUCACUUGCAUGUAUUUGUUUGUGUUGGAACUGUUCUAACAGGUUUCCAUUAAAUCAGUAUAAUGGAGAAGGGUAGACUGUGCUUUUUAACCCCAAUGCAUUUAACAAAGAAUUUUAAAAUAGGCUUCAAAUUUCUAUUCUUAAGAACAAGAGUAAAUAUAAAACUAUUUCUGUUCCAGAUGAAUACUGCAGUUCAUAUACUGUCUACUUGAGGCCUCCCAUAAUACUCAAAAUUAAUUUCAGGAAUUUGACCAGAUAAAAAUUUUCUGAUGAUUCUGUUUAAUUGUUGUAUGUGUUUAACUAACUAAUAAUACAGUAUAUGUCACUUCACAGAAAUUAGAAGUGUAGUUAGUUCAUGUUUUAAAAAAUACAGACAAAAGAAAGGUUCAAGUUAAGGAAAUACAAAGCGCUAAUAAGCUGCCGAAAUAAACAGAAUAUUUCAAAAGCUGCAGAAGUACUAACUUUCACCAAUUUAAAAGGGAAUUGGGGGAUUUAAUGCAUCCUUCCAUCUUGAAAACUUAUGAGGAUGUACAUUUGAAAAACUAGAUAAUUGUUGCUUAAUAAUAGGUUGUAUGUACUUUACUGAGAAGCACUGUGUACUAACAAUUCAUCAAGAGUGUGCUAUAUUUAUUGCAUUAUUUUAUAUCUAUAGAUAAGAAUACAUUAUAUAUAGUCAUCCUACCUUAAUACAAUCAUGUAUUUAUAUUGUAAUUUUGCAAAUAUUUUCAGUAAAUAAACAUUAAUCUGAGCUGCACAGUUUGAAGUGGAUGAGAUUGGCACACCCUUAGAUUCUCAUUUUUAAUCAUCAGCUACCAUUGAAAAUUGAUGUAUGUAUGUCAUUCCUUUAAAUCUUGUUUUAUAGUUUAUUUUAGUAUUUAAAUGAGUACUUAAUUUAAAUAUUAAUUGGAUGUUUUAAAA